GCGCGACCACCGCCAGCCCCCCCGCCCCCCUCAUGCCGCCCUGGGCACACAACUCCUGGAUCUGCGUCUUCUCUAUCAUGCUCAUUAUAGCCGUCGGAGGAAACGCUAUAGUCAUAUGGAUUGUGAUCGCUCACAAGCGCAUGCGCACGGUGACCAACUACUUCCUCGUGAACCUGUCGCUGGCGGACCUCAUGAUGUCCGCGCUCAACUGCCUCUUCAACUUCAUCUACAUGCUCCACAGUGACUGGGUGUUCGGGCUGCAGUACUGCAAGAUCAGCAACUUCAUCGCGAACGUGACAGUGGCUGCCAGCGUGUUCACGCUCACGGGGAUAUCCUUCGACAGGUUCCAAGCGAUCGUGCGUCCGAUGCGGCCGCGCAUGUCCAAGACCUGCUCUCUGAUCGCGAUCGGCGGGAUCUGGCUCGGCGGGAUGGUGCUCGCCACGCCCUACCUGCUCUACUCCACCACCAAGGAAUACAAGUCAAGAGUUGGAGUGAAGACUGCCUGUCUGUUGGUUUGGCCAGAUGGCAUGCCCGAUGUCUCCAAAAUGGACUUCGUCUACCAAAUAGCGUUUUUCAUCGUGACGUACGCCGUGCCGAUGGUGGGGAUGUCGUUCUUCUACACCGCGAUGGGCAGAGAGCUGUGGGGAUCCAGGACCAUCGGAGAGCUCACGCAACGACAGCUCGAUUCUAUUAAAUCUAAGCGCAAGGUAGUGAAGAUGUUCAUCCUGGUGAUUGUGAUAUUCGGUAUCUGCUGGUUCCCGUACCACGGAUACUUCAUCUACACGCAUCUGGACUCCUCGAUCCUGUACUCCCGCUACGUGCAGCACGUCUACCUCGGCUUCUACUGGCUCGCCAUGUCUAACGCCAUGGUCAACCCCAUCAUAUACUACUGGAUGAACGCCAAGUUCAGGAGCUACUUCCGCAUGGCGAUCAUGUGCCGGUGGCUGGAGGUGAUGUGGAGGCGCCGCCACCCCCUGGACUCACCCCCCGAGUGUCCGUCCCAGUCCAACACUAGAUCCCGAUCAGGUUUUUACUCGUUAACCUACCGAGGAAUGCAGAGGAUCAAAAGGAAAUACAGCAGCCGGAUGGGCGCACCACACGCGUCGGAUCCGCAGCGACCCGCCCUCGCCGAGACUGUAUUCGCAUGCUAGCUGCAGGAAGUGUCCCGGCACCAACACCUACGACCCCUUCAUCCACGGGAGGAGAGUGUGAACGGGCCGGGGGAAGCCGCGCGCAGACCGAAGGACUGAAUAACUCAACGUCAACUUCAUCAUGUUUUUAAAUUUUAUGCUUCAGUAAUUUUCAAUGAGCAAUUACUCGGACGCGUUCUAUCUCAAUUUAAAUUGUACAUAAUGUAGCUAGGCGUUUAUUUAAGUACCAAAUUAUUAAAAUAAUUAUAAAACAAUAAGAAGCAUAGAUUUUUAUAUUGAAAAGGUGUUCUUAGUAAGAAAGGGAGCGUAUUAUCGUAUUAUUGUCUACCCCGUGUUGAAGCUUCUUUGCUCAUUCUCUAAGCGAGUCAAAUCAUGUGGCCACUAAACUAAAUGUGCAUUAAUUGUAUUAAAGUUGAUC